AUGGCGGCGCGAUCUUCUUCAUCCAACCAUGUGUAUUUGAACGGCCGAACCCUGGAAGGAGGUGGGCAGCUGGUUCGAAUUGCCAUCGGGCUGUCUGCAUUGACUGGUCGUCCAGUUAGCAUCGAUCAUGUUCGCGGGAACAGAGAGGGGAAGAAGGGGCUCAAGAGAACUCAUGCUGCAGCAGUGAAGCUGUUGGCCGAGAUUAGCGGCAGCAAAGUAUCGGGAGGCGAGGUUGGCUCCCAGUUCUUGAACUUCUUUCCUCAGUCAAUCAGAUCAAAACGUGGACCACUCCUGGAUUUGUCGCAAGUGACUGUAAAGUCUGAAUACGACAUCAAGCUUACAACUGCCGGUGCCACCUGUCUUGUCUUCCAGGCCCUCUACCCGUAUCUGCUUUAUGCUGGAUCGCAGGCAACUGCCCCUUUUAUAAAAGUCAACAUCACUGGUGGAACUAACGUUACUUUGUCUCCAUCCUAUGACUAUGUAGCGCAAGUUAUCGUGCCCAAUUUCGUCAAACUUGGACUUCCUCCCUUGUCUAUUAUCCUUCAGAAGCGCGGCUGGUCAACGGGGCCGGUUGAGCUUGGAGCAGUCACUUUCCUCAUACAUACACUCGCAUCUGAACACAAUCCAAUUGACGAAAACCAACCCAAGGGGUCACCAGAAAAAGAUCGGAACCAGACAGCCGAGCGUCUAUGCAGCUUCCCGCGGAUUAAUUUGAUGGAUCAUAAACGCGGGAAAGUCACGCAAAUUGAUAUCACAGUGCUAGCACCUGAUAAACCCACUAUAAACGGUGACGCAGAAGAGGGCACGGGGAGCACUGUUCGCCAGUUUAUUGAACAAGUCACUCAACGGACUCUCCGGCGUGAAACUAGGAAGCUGGAUCCGUCUAUAUUUGCCAAACGCUCUACUUCGUCUCGACAUAAAGAGGACUCUGUCAGCGAACCAUCAGCCAAAGACACACCAGUUCCUAUCAAAAUCCACACAUCAGAAGCUACGAAUCACCACAGCCACGUAUACAUCCUUCUUGUGGCUCAUACUUCCUCUGGGUUCAGAAUAAGCAAUGAUAUUCAAGGCGGCGUGGGAGGCAAUCGCCUGCCUAAGCCAAAGAAACAAGGGAAACAAAAACAACAGCCAGCCCAUGGCCCUCGGUGUGAUUCUCAAAGCGAGUCAUCGUUUUCUGCGGCUGCAGAGCUAGUCCAUCGAUGCGUGAAAGGAUUCAUAGGGGAAAUCUCAUAUGAGAGUCCAAAUGCCCAGCCAGAUCAGAAAAAUCCUUCUAACGCCAAGAGAUCUUGUCUAGAUGCAAGUACGAGAGAUCAAGUUGUUGUUUUCGAGGCACUUGGAAAGGCCUGUCACGGAGGUGUGCAUGACGCCGAAGCAACCGACAUGGAAACUUUGGAAGACGAGCGAGAUUGGACACUCCAUACAAAGACCGCACAAUGGGUGUGCCGGCAGAUGUUGAAUGUCUAG